AUGAAGUGCUGUUGUCGAUUGAGAGGGCAGCAGGCGGCGGUGGCGGUGGCGGUGGCGGUUGGGCUGGGAGAGGAAGCGCAGGAGAAGCGACCCUCGCCCUCACCAGAGCAGCCAGUCUACUUGAAGCCAAGCCGAAGCCGACGCCGUAAAGCAAGUUUUCUCUUCACGCGCAUGCGUGAUGAGCCACCUGCGUACGCAUUCAAGGCGCCUCCGCUUGGCACGGCAUUACCACUUUUCCGCAUCACCUCCUCUUCAUGUGAGUACUACGCCCUGCGGCUGCCGCUUUUGAAGGCGGGUUUUAGGCGCCUUCCCACCCAGGCCGGCCUUACGAUUCCGAGCAACCUCCUCUGGGGGCGCUCCAUGCUCUUGAAUCCCGGCAUGGGAGCAUCCCACUCCUCUGCCCACCUCUCCCCGUCAUCACCGCCCUGUUCGUCGUCGUCGUCGCGCCUGCCUCAAACUGCGGACGCUUCUGCAGACCUUAUCGCCCUUCCCAUGUCAUCUGCCGCGGGAAACGAGGGGGUGGCGCGCCUCAGCUUGGCUCAAAUGGUGUGCGAUCACCAGCGCUUUAAUCACUUCCCACGCAGCCAUAUUAACGUGGGCUGCAAGUGGGGGCUAACAACACGCCUGCGCCAAGUCUCGAAAUCGUUCGAGGCAGCUGGAGAAAAAACGAGACUCUACGAUUUUUUUCCACGCACAUGGGUGUACCCAGACGAAAAGGAAGAGCUUUUAAAAGCUUUGGCGGAGGCACCGCCCAUGCAACGUUUUAUUUGGAAGCCCGCACGAGGCAGCUGUGGUCACGGCAUACUUACCUGCUUAGGUGGUGCUAGGAAUGCACCGUACUGGGAGCGUCUGGCGGCGGAAAUCGAAAACCGCCUGCUGACGGAUCUCACACUCUCUGGCGCGGGGGGACGCAAGUACGUUGUGCAGGAAUACAUUGAGGAUCCCCUGUUGCUUGACCGGCGCAAAACCGAUCUUCGCCUGUAUGUGGCCGUGACAAGCUACGACCCUUUGACCGUCUACCUUCAUGAAGAGGGCCUUGUGCGUCUGGCGGCGCAGGAGUAUAGCGGCGGUGGUACUGAACUGAACUUUGAUCCCUUUCGCGAUCUCACAAAUUAUUCCGUGGGAAGGCGCUGGCAGGCACGCGGUAAACAGUCUCGCAGCCAAGGAGAGGAAGAGGCGAAUUUGUCGCCAGACGUUUCUCCCGCUGCGAAGCCGCUGCCUCCAUUGGAGCUCAAGAAGAGUUUAAAUGAACUGUGGGAGCAUAUUGACGCUAUGCAUUUCUCUUCGCCGCGCGUCGGGCCGGCGACGGCAACGCCGCUGAGUUCCCUGUUGCACCGCCGCAGGUCGGAGAAAGUGAAGGAGGAAAUUGCGCGUGUAAUCAUCAAGACGCUACUGGCGGUCAAGGCUCCCUUGUCUGCUGCCGCGUGUGGUCUCUCCUUUCCGGGUGGGUUUUUUGAACUCUACGGAUUUGACUUGAUGCUCGAUGCGAAGCUCAAGCCAUGGCUUGUCGAGGUGAACACAUUGCCCUCCCUCGCCAGCACCUCUCCUUUUGACUAUGCGGUAAAGACGAAUGUCGUGGCCGAUCUUCUGAACCUUGCCAUGUUUGAACCCUUUGAGCGCCCCGCAUCGUGCUUUGGCGCGCUGGAUGACGGGAUGCGCCGCGCCGGCCUCCUUGACCCACUCUCGAAGGAGGCUGCCGAAACGGUGCAUCAGUGGUGUGACCGCACGAGUCGCGACAGCCCAUCGUUGACAGAUAGUGAGGCCAGAGAGGAAGUGGGCCUUCGUCUACAGGACGAGUUGGCCUACUGCGGCGGAUUCCGUCGCAUCUUCCCACCGCUGCCUCUGGCGCAAACAACAACCAUGAUGAACGAGGUGGACGUUUUCUCUCGUCAACGCCAUUUCUCCAAGGCUGACGCGUGGGCCCUAGAGUCAUAA